AUGCAAUUCUUUCGACGAGCCUAUGAGCCUAUCGGCACUAUACUAGACCCCGUUAGCUCCCCUGGUGUUGCACGCGAUACACUCCAAAAUAUCACCUUCAUUUUCCUUGCUAUUAAUGCCGGGGUGAGCCUCACUUUAAUUAUGGCCGCUUUGUGUACUGUGGCAGGAUACUCAAGAGCAAUCCUAGCUUUAGGCAUAACUUAUGUUGUCCUUUUUUUACUUACUGUAAUCGCUGGCUGUUUCCUUUACCUUCGUGUAAGAUACUUCAAAAGUCACCCACUGCCGGGAACACCAACCCCGGGUCAGGCGAACGUAGAUAAUGAUAGUAAUUUAGAUGGUCAAAGACGGUCGAUGGAGCAAGGAGGCCCGGAAAAUACCCCUCUAGAUGCCGAAUUUCAAGAUAUCGAGCUUGGUGAUAUCGGAGCACAUCAUACGGUCUCUGAUUCGUAUGACCAGCCUCAAUAUUAUCCGCCACACCCUCAAAAUCCGUAUGAACCUGUGGAUGGGGGACAUAUUGCCGACGAAUCUCAUUAUGCGACAACACAAGAACAUCUGGAAAAUCAUUGUCAUGAAGACAACAAUCCUUCGAUGGCUGAUGUAACUAGCAAGUAUGCACGAUCUUCGAUUGAACGUGGCUCAAGAGGGAGCUUCGAAUACAACGACAAUGGACAAGAUACAAUAACAACAAGGCCAAUCACUUAUCAUGAAGCACAAUACGCCCCUCAAAACCUGACGCAUAGCUCUAACCGCUUGAGAAACGCUAACAGCGUUGUUGAAGUUGAACAAAAACCCCGUAGGCUGCCGUUUAGUCCGAGUUUAGCACAGCUUAGUAGUCGCCAGUUAGGGGAACGACGGAACUAUGAGUCAGUCGAGGAGGCUAGGGCGGAUUUGAGAAGUAAUUGGAGAAAUGGAAAUAAUUAG